AUGAAAAAGAGCCUUGGCAAAGGCCCCAAGCCCUUGAAACAGGGCAAAAAAGGUGCCACAGCAUUGCAGUCUAUCUUGAAAAAGAGGCCUGCCACAAGAGCCAGUGCACCUUUGAAAAAAGGUAAUCUGGCAAAGCUGGGGCAGAUGAGCUUGAAAGAAAAGGUGGAUGCAAUCAAUGGAGAAAAUAUGGAUGAAGAAGAGGCAGUGACCCUCUUCAAGGAUUCCCUGACACCUGAUGAGGGGAAGACUUUCCACAAUGUCAGCCACAGCAUGGACCAAAGCACCAUGUACACCAGAAAGGAGAAGUGGCUGAGUGAAAAACAAAUCUAUGACCGGCUCACUGAAUAUGAAUUGGAGUGUCACCUGAACUCAGAAGAAGAAUGGGAAGAUGCUUUGGGAAAAGCAAGAAGGGCCAGAGAUUUGGUGUCCACCAAGCAGUGUGAAGUGGAAGAGGCACUUGCAAAAGUGCCCAAAUCCUUUUUGUCAGCUGGCUUGAAAAAGCCCACUUCCCAGUUCCAAAAGAAGCUGGAAGACAUGCUCAAGAAAUUGAAGGGGUUCCUGCUGAAGGAGUACAGCCAGAAGACAUUGAACGACAUCAAAGAGUGCCUCCCUGAGGCAGCAACCUUGAUAAAGGAUGUGAAGGACUUGAAGACCCUUGAAAAAGGAUGGGAAACUAUGGAUGUCAUGCUCCCACACCUCAUGUUUGAAGCAUUGCAGAGCUACCCUGCAGUUUGGGAGCAAAUGUGGGAUGUGAAGCCAUAUACCAACCUUGAUUGGGAUGCCUUCACUUUUCUGGACACAACCCUUGCAAAAGGGACAGACGACGAGGACGACGAGGAUGACAAGGAUGACAAGGAGGACGAGGAGGAGGAGGAGAGGAGGACGAGGCAGGAGGAGGCGGAGGAGGAGGAGGAGGAGCAGGAGGAAGAACAUCCACACCUGGUGGCCUGCCUGGAAAGCAUGGUCCAACUCAAUGAAAUCCUUGACAGCUGUGACCUCUUUCUUAAGGAUGCUGAAUUUGAUGCAUUCUUUGGCCUUGCAAAAGGCUUCGUUGAAGAAUAUUCAUGGCUCCAUGGCCACUUUGAAGAGCAGGGAAGGGCACCAUUGAAAUACCAGAUACAAGUCUAUUGCAAACUGGUGCUCGAGAUCCAUGUUGGCAGCGCGAAGAAUCUUGCCGGCUAUGUUGCUCCAAGUUCCAGCUGUACGGACCAGGGCGUCUUUGAAACGGCUGAAGCUGCGCAAGCUGCCUCCGUGGUGCAGGUGAUGCGAUGGUUGGUUGGCCCGAUUCCUGCCUGUUUCGUUUUGCUGGCAUAUCGGCUGCAAUGGGCUAUGGACGAGUUGGCAGGGGAAAUGAUCCUGAGGCACGGAGCAUUUGGCAAGAAACCUCAGAUGCUUUCUGGUCAACUUCAGUCGUUCUCGGCAAGAGGAGAGGAGCCUGUGGCUCCUGGGCCCAUUGUGGGGGCCGACGGGCCGACAGAGCCCGAACGAGCUCCGGAAGGAGGAGCAGAGGCCGCAGAGGCGGCCGAGCCCGAAGAAGCGGGCGACGGGCCGGAAGAGCCCGAGGAAGCUCCUGGAGGAGGAGCCAGUAGGCCGGAGAGAGUCUACGAACUUGGGAUUGUGCCGAGGAGAGGUCCAUUCCCAAAGGCAACCACCGCAAGUGGGUUUGUGCAUACCUACUCGACGGUGGCACGGAUCGACAAGGCCGAAGAAGAGGAAAGAGAAAGGAUCUAUAGAGAGAAAGCCGAGGAAAGAGCCAAAGGAAAAGGAGCCAAAGGAGAUAAAGGAGCCGAAGCGAAGGGGCAAGCUGAGGAGUGGCUUGCGGAGAACCCCAAUCGCCGCUGGAGGAGCGCAGAAGCACUCCAGAGAAAGAAAGACAAGAGAGCCAAGGGUAAAGGAACCGGAAAGAAAGGAGAAGGGAAGCCCGUAGUUGAGUACGGCGAGAACCUUCCAGAACAUCUCCAACACAUCGUGGACGCAUUUGGUCCAGGAGGAGCUUCUAGCGGAUCAGGAGCAACAUCAACGGUCGAUUUAAGACCGAGCGACCAUCCUUCAACAGAGGCUGAGACCAGGGAACGGUCUAGGAGCCGAGACGAUCCACCGAGAUCGGAAGGAAAAGGGUCCGCAACACCGAAGGCGGUGGCCGGACGUGCUAGGAGGAUUACAGUCCAUCCCAGUACUACAAGGUUAGCUGAGGCUCGUGUUGCGCGCGGUGCGAUCGGAUCGGAAGCAGCCCUAGGAUCCAACUAUCGACAGCGAAGUGCUGCAGCUCAAGAAGCCGUUGCACAGGCACGUGCACGGGGCACUGUCGCGACUGCAAUUGCUGCAAGGGUUUACCAAGCCGACGGGAUCGACGAGGCUUGCUCAUCUUGUGACGAACGCAAGACACGCCAGCGAUCAGCAGUACAUCGAUUUGCAUCCUCAGUUGUAGCAAAAUCUCAGGCAAAAGCAAGAGCACGGAGGAGAGUCCCGGUGGCAUUGAGACCUCGACGACAAAGACCACCAGGAGCAUCUGAACGGUCGCAAGAGACCGAACCAGAGGCGGAAGGACCACCACCUAAACCCAAAGCGCAGGAAGCAAAGGCCGCAGGACCACCAGCUAAGGCUGGAGAGAGGACCUACUAUAUCGGCCGGAACCUGACGCUAGUGAAUCCAACUCCAGAACGGUUGGAGCAAGCUCAACGGAAGUUUGAGCAGGAAGAAGCCCUUAGACGAAGGCAGAGAGAGGCCGAAGACAAAGCGGCCCGAGAGGAAAGAAAAGAGAAGAGAACCCUUGAGGAAAAGGCUGAACGGUCAAGGAAGAAGCCAAAGACCGAAGCCACAGCAGAACCUGUUGGGACUUCAGUUCUGAAGAGACCAGCGGCUGCCGUAUCAUCAGUUGAACCCAAGGCCAAGCCGAAGAAAGAGCAUCCAUCAGACAGUGAGUACACGUACACGUACACGGACACGUACGUGUGGGAAUCUGAAGAAGAAGAAGAAGAAGAAGCGGCGGAGCAAGUGAGUCCGAAGACCUUGUGGUUGGAUGCGCAAACUUGGCAGCUUCGGGAUUUGUAUGAGGCCCGAAAGAAUGAAAGCGGGCAGAGGGAGACCCUCGGAGAUGACAUCAAAUGCACGGCCAUAGAACUCCUAGUACCCACAGAUUUGGAAAAGCAUCGGACCAGCGCCUAUGGAGGUCGACUCCCUCGCAGCAUGGCCGGACAGGAAGAAGAUGCCGAGUAUGAAGCGGGUGACGAACCCGAAAAUGAAGAGGUUGGCACUUUCGAAAUGAAUGGUGUCACUAUGAAUUCGGAACCACAUGAUUGUGGUGAGUGGACCAAAUUCAACUUGGACACAGGAACCACUGUGACGUUCAAGACAGCAUCAGCUGAAUUGGUUCCCAGUGAAGGGACUGGACGUGUAAGUCCGACCAGAGAAUUAGGAGCGGCUGCAGGUGAAGCGGCCGAGGCACCACCUAAUCCUCCAGGCCGACCUGGGGAUGAAGGUGAGGCUGGUGAGGAAGUUGAGCUGGAGGAGAUGGCUCAACCCAUUCGAAUAAGAGCACCUACGGAUCCGACACCCGAAGAGGUGGAGGAACAUGAGAGUACAGGCCAUGUGCAGUAUCGCACGUGGUGUCGGCACUGCGUUGCCGGAAGGGGUGCUGGACAGCAGCAUCGGACUCGGGACGAAGAAGCCCGGAGUCAGGACGGGAUACCAAUGAUAUCCUGCGACUACACGUUCAUGACAGUGAACGGUGAGGAUGAUGGGAGAGCAAAACCCAUCUUGGUGAUGAAGGACAGCCGAACUACGUCAGUGGCUGCUACCUUCGUGGACGCGAAGGGUCCGACACCGUAUGCGGUGAAGUACUUCAGCAACUUCUUGAAAACCCUCGGGUAUAAGAGAGUGUUGCUGCAGAGCGAUGGGGAACCAUCGAUCGUUGCACUUAAGGUGCAGGCCGCAACGGCGGCUGGUGUGGAAGGAGUUCCACGUGAAUCUCCAGUGGGAGAUCAUCAAGGCAAUGGUCAAAUUGAGCAGGUGUGCAAAGAGAUAAAGAUGCACAUCAGAGUUGGAAGAUCAGCUUUGGAAGAGAAGCUGGGACAGCCCUUAGGUGACACAGAUCCCAUGCUGGCCUGGAUGCCACGGCAUGUGGGAGAUCUGCUGAAUCGGUACCGCAAGGGCAGGGAUGGAAAGACGCCAGAGCAGAGGCGUUCAGGAAAGCGCUGGAGGAAGCCAGCAAUAGCUUUCGGAGAGAGGCUUUACUAUAGGCCAGUUGGAACGGCUGAGAGGACGCCGUUGAAAGUGGGCCGAUACAUCGGUCAUCAUGGAAGAACUGGGACGUUGUUACUAAUGACGGACUCAGGAGUGGUCCGAGGACAAGGUAUCCGGAGACUUAGUCCAGCGGACCAAUGGACGACGGAGGACUUGAGGGAACUCCGAGGACUUCCUUGGGAAGUUGCAGCAAGAAGGCCAGUAGAGCGCGGAGAAGCUUUGAUUGGCGAAGCCAGGCUAGAAGUGCCUGCUCCUGCGAGAGUGGCUUUGGUACCACCAGCACAGAGGAGAGUUUACAUCAAAAAAGAAGAUGUGAACAAGUAUGGGAGCACCGCAGGGUGCCCAAGAUGUACAUGUGUGUUGAUGGAUGAACCAACUGUGGUUCCACACACAGAGGCUUGCAGAGUCAGGACAAUGGAACUCAUGCAAGGAGAUGAGCAGGGCCGCGCAAGGCUCGAGGCUCACGAGAAAAGAAAGAAGAAAAGGCAAGGCACCACGGAAGGAGCAGUGGCUCCAGUGGUUGAGAGAGAUGUGGAAGCCCAUGAGGCAAUUGGAGGACCAGACCAGGGUCCUGCUACUGAGGAGGAACAACCAGUGUUCCCAGAUAAUCCGGAAGAGCGGAUUGAACUGAAGAGGUCUCUGGCUGAGCGAGCAACAAGUAUCAGACAAGAGAAGAGGCCCAAGGCAUCACAGCCUAGUAAGAGGCCAGGGGCAUUGACAAUCGGAAGCGGACCGCCAUUGGCUAAGCCAAAACCGAGUCCGACUCAAGGUGAAAAGAGACCAGCUGAGACAGCUGUUGAGACACUCCGUGAAACGGAGGCUGAUGGUCUACUAGCAUCACAGCCGGGCACUUUGCCCGAGGGAGCCCAGAUGGAAACGGGAGCUCUGACGAAACAGAAGAAAGUUUUCAAGACACUGAUAAAACGUCAGGUCUUGGACACAUAUGAGUUGAGAGGUUUGACGAUCAAUGAAGAGGACGCAGACAACAUUGCAGAACUGAGUUGUCAAAUGUGUGCAGUGGACGUGAUGGAAAUCUACAGUCCGAAAAGGUUUACAGAAGCGGCGACAAGAUACCGACUGAGACCAGGUUUCGCCGUAGACUUGACUGAACAGAAACCGGACGGAUCCUAUUGGGAUCUGACAAAGUCCGAAGAUGUAAAAGAAGUUGAGCGGAUUGUGGAAGAUGACAAACCAGAACUGCUGACAGGCAGUCCACCGUGCCAUAUGUUCUCCCAACUUCAGAACAUAUGUUGGCACAAGAUCAGCCCAGAAGUCCGUGAGAAGCGGAUGACUGAGGCGAGACGUCACCUGCAUGUCAGCUGCAAAAUGUACAGAAAGCAGCAUGACGCAGGCCGAACGUUCCUACAUGAAGCACCGUGGGGAGCAUCAAGUUGGAAAGACCCUGAAGUACAGGCCAUUUUGGCACUACCAGGUGUCAAGCUGGUACGUGGACCAAUGUGCCGGUGGCACAUGAUGGCGACCGACAAGCGCGGUCUCCAAGGGACCGGUUACGUUCGAAAGGAAACAGGUUGGCUGACAAACGACGAAGACCUAGCCGAGCUCUUACAAGGCGAGUGCACUAAUAAGACUGGAGGUGAAUGGCACAGACACAUCCAUCUUAUUGGUGGCAUUUCAAGAGCAGCGGCAGAGUAUCCACCAAUGUUAGUCAAGGCUGUACUUAGAUGGCUAAAGGCCAAGCUGGUGCGGAGUGGAGAACUAGGCUCCACUGAAGCAAACACCAGCGGACCCGUUCCAGAGGAGCCAUUUGUCAAUCAAAAGGAAUUUGAAGAAUGGUAUUGGGACGAUGUGAAUGGCGGAUGGUUAGCGCCAGAAAAGGUCCGUGAGGCUAGGAAGUUGGAAAUGGAAUACUUGAAGAAACAAGCGGUUUACGAGAAACGACCGACUUCCGAAGCUUUCAAAGUCACAGGCCGGAAGCCGAUACCGGUCAGGUGGCUGGACACAGACAAGGGAGAUCCAACCAAACCUAACUUCAGAUCACGACUUGUAGUGAAGGACAUCAAGGCAGCAAAAUCGGAGAGUGAGCAGUUACCUCAGAACUUGCUGUUCAGCUCGACUCCACCCUUGGAGUCAAUGCGGUUGCUCUGUUCACUUAUGAGCACCCAAAAGCUGUCAAAGAGAGGACAAAAGCUGAAGCUAGGACUAUGGGACAUCAGCAGAGCACACUUCUAUGGUAUUCCGAAAAGGACCAUCUACAUCGAGUUGCCCGAUGAGGAUGCGUCGUACACGGAAUCUGGUGAGAAGGAGUGUGGUCUAUUGAUGAAGUCCAUGUAUGGGACGCAGGACGCACCCAAUAUUUGGAUUAUUUGGCAGAGGCAUUACACCGGCUUGCUGGAAUCGGCUAACAUAAAGCGAGGCCGUUCAAACGCAAGCGUGUUCUAUCGUGAAAGUGAUGGAACAAGGAUCGUCGUACACGGUGACGACUUUCUGGUAUUGAGCGACAGCCAAGGACUACAGGAGAUCGAUGACCUGUUGCGGAGUGCAUACGAGCUGAAACGGCUCGGCACUUUAGGGUUCGAAGAAGGUGACGACCGAGAAAUCCAUUUUCUGAAUCGCUUGAUCAGAGUUGGAAAGCACAACGGUCGACAAACAGUUUUCUUAGAACCGGACAGGAGACAUGUAGAUCUUUUGAUCCGAGAGUUGGGUCUGGAAACAGCAAAAGGAGUGGACACACCCGACGUGAAGAAGUCGGUGGACCAGCAGAUGCUGGAAUCAGCGGAAAAGACCUCGCAAAGACAUACCGGUCAUGUGUGA